AUGGGUUGCAGAUUGAAUGAUUUCUUCAAAAAGAAGUCUAUUAUUAAACGCGUAUUAUGUGUCAUUGCCUUCUUGGCAACUGUUGCUGGUCUUGCAGGCCUCACAGUUUGGUACAUCAGAUGGGCAAAGAACCUAAACCAAGUUAGCAAAGACUGGAGAACCAAGACAUACACAGAACUUUUCAAUAUUGUUGCCUCUUGCUGUUUCUUCUGCAUGGCUGGCUGUGCUGCGUGGGUUGUUUGGUUCAUUUUCUGGAAUUUUGAAUGCUGCAAAUGUCUUGGAAUUAUUUUCUUCUGGGCAGCAAUGGGUAUUUGCUUAGCAGUUCUCGGAUUUGCCAUUUCUCUAGCAAUUAAGGUCAAAGGAAAGUAUUAUUGCACAAAUGCAGUUAUUUGGGGUGAUGAUAAUAUCAAUUGCAGAGGCUCAUUUGUUCCAAAUGUUGCAUUGCUCUCUACUUUAGGUUUCGGUCUCAUCUUAGAUCUUAUUAUGAAAUGCGAUUAA